CUGAUUAUCCAAGUCCACAAGCAAGUGCGUCACUCGAUUCUACCUGAUGAUGCGGGUCAAUUCUACAAAACCAUCUUUCAGAUUAUUCCGUUGGCGCCAGUGAUCAGGUCAAGUGACAGAAAGGUCAUAAACUCGAUCCAUCAUUUUACCACCUAACUGCCUGCAUUAGUAUUAAUCGAUAGUCCAGUCAGUGGCUUUGGCACCUUUCCUUUCACGGGGCAGUUACGGAGUACAGCUCAUUAUUGCAGUUUGCAGUUGUUUGCAUCACAUCGUCACAACUCAAUACACUGAAGCUUGCGGCAUAGUUCCUUCUACCUCAUUACGUUCAUCCUCCUUCAAGUCGCGUUCUUGUACACCUCCCAAGCUUUCUGCCCGCUAUGAAUGACGAUGUGGUGGCUCAGUUCACCGAGAUCACGGGCUCGAGCCCUGAGUUGGCCACUCAGUAUCUGCACCUAGCCGAUUACGAUAUCGAACAAGCCAUGCAGCUUUAUUUCGAAAAUGGUGGCGCACCACUAACUGAUGAGCCAAUGCCAUCUACAUCGGAUGCUCGGGGAGCUCGUCGCACCGCAGGUGACAGCGGGGUUGUACAUGUUGACUCCGAUGACGAGGUUACUGUCGACGAAACGCGAUCGACUCCUCGACACCAAGCGCCACAAAGUUCUACUUAUGAAGACGACGAGGCCAUGGCUCGGCGUCUCCAGGAAGAAAUGUAUGGUGGGGGAGCGGGAGGGGGAGGAGGGCCAGGUGUUGUUGAUGAUGAUGGCGUGCGUGCUCCGAUGGCCCGCACAACAGAAACACUUGUAGGGCCCGAAGCAGACUUUGACGAUGGUGAUAUGCAUGCAAGUAUAUUGGGUCAAUUGCGCGCUCGUCAGCAACGCAAUAGUCGACCUGGUAUAUUCAACCAGAGAGAUACUGCAUCGAUAUGGACAGGAGAUGACGAAGCCUCGCGCCGCGAAAGGCUUUCGGCAGCCACAGGAGGCGCGUCUGACGCCUCGAAUAAGUCAAAUAUGCUUGCCGAAAUGUAUCGUCCGCCGUUUGAGAUAAUGUCACGGCUCCCAUGGGAUGUGGCCCGCCAAGAAGGCCGUGAAAAUGAGAAGUGGCUGCUGGUUAACAUACAAGAUCCCUCGAUCUUCGACUGCCAGCUGCUGAACAGGGACUUGUGGAAGGACGCCGGGAUCCGAGACACUGUCAAAGAACACUUCAUCUUUCUACAGUACUCAAAGGAUGACCCACGCUCUGCACCGUACAUACAAUACUACUUUCCGGGUAGCGACAUUUCCGAUAAUUACCCUCAUAUGGCGAUUGUCGAUCCACGCACUGGUGAGCAAAUGAAGGUGUGGUCCGGACCGCCCGUGAUGAAAGCUGCGGAGUUCCUCAUGCAGCUACAUGAAUUCCUCGACCGUUACAGUCUAAAGCACAACGUGCGGAAUCCAGUGGCCAAGCGGAAACCAGAGAAGAAGGAGAAGAACAUUGAUGCUAUGACGGAGGAGGAGAUGAUGGAAUUGGCGAUGAGAAAUAGCCUUGGUACAGAUGCCUCGCAGCCUCAAAAGUUGGAAGAUCCCGACGAUUUGACUCGUAGCGUCGAGGAUGUUAAAGGCAAAGGCCGAGCAGCGGAGACAGAAGAUGUCGGCAUGGGUGAAGCAGGCCAGGGUAGGAAUGGCGAAGCCGAAGCCUCCCCAUUCUUUUCGAUCCCUGACAAUCGGCCACACACCGAGCCCUCUGCCGACCCGGCUACGACUACACGCAUUCAGUUCCGCCAUCCAUCUGGGAGAGUGAUUCGACGUUUCGCUCUGAAGGAUCCGGUUCAGAGAAUCUACGAAUGGCUCAAGGCUGAUCCCCCGUUGUCAGAUAAAGCGGGCGUAGAGUUCGAGCUCAACUCCCUAGGCCAUAACUUGAUCGACUCUCUCGACAAGAGUGUGGAAGACGCUGGCUUGAAAAAUGGAACGGUAAUGAUAGGAUUUGUUGAAGAAUAAAUGCACAUGAUUGAGGAUAAGAUACCUGCAUUUGAUGAGGCGUUGGGUUCGGAAACUUGUGGACCGGCCGGUUAUGGGUUCAAGGAACAAUCGAGUUCCACUUCUACACUAUGGGUUCUCACCUAGAUAGGGGGCAUGUCUUGCCUCAUUUAGAAUUGUCGUCAUUUCGCUUCUUUCUACUUUCUCCUGUUUAUUGACAAGCUAUUACAUAUCUUGUUACAUGCUAGGACCAAGCUAUAAUCAUGCUACCAUGCACGGACUGCACCUUCAAGUGAUGCUCCUAGAGGAUUUGAUAUCACAAAUAUCAUCGCCAUCCCAAUAAAUGGGGAGCUUUUUCCACUAUUAAGCCUUUGGGCAUCAUGAAUAUCUUCCUCAAAAGUGAGAAAUCAUCUCGCCAAAAUGUACCUAACGAAUGUUUGGGGGCUUUAUGCCUAGUGAAGCUCAGUUCUAGUUGACAUCAGAAUGGUCAGUUUUUCUAGCCAGGAACCGCAUGAAGCGCCAUAGAAGGUGGAGGAGUGUAAACAGAAAUUGACUGCUUAUGCAGGAUACUAA